GUCAGGAUCGCAUCCAUCCUCAACGCGAAAUGCUUUGCGAACUGAAUCUAACUCGAGCAAUCCUCCCCGAUUCCGUGCGUCUCGGCGAGGAGGCAUUUACAUGCUCAGGCACACAAACUGGGUAGAGAACUCCUCGGCCAAAGUGGGAAGGUUAUUUUGAGUGGAGAGAGCGCUCGCGUCGAGUAUGGUCUGUGGUGAAGGGAGCAUCACAAAGAGGUAACAUCUGUAACUUCGGGAUUUACUUGUAAAGGCGCUUUUUUUCAGGAGAUUUGGGGAUAUCUUGUGCAUAAACAUGCCUGUAAGAAGAGGUCACGUUGCGCCACAAAACACCUUCCUUGGAAUGAUUAUCCGGAAAUUCGAGGGUCAGAACCGCAAAUUUGUGAUAGCCAACGCCAGGGUGGAGAACUGUGCAAUCAUUUACUGCAACGACGGCUUCUGUGAGAUGACAGGCUUCUCCAGACCGGACAUCAUGCAGAAGCCAUGCACCUGCGACUUCCUCCACGGCGACCUGACAGACAAAGAGGCCAUCAACCAGGUGGCCCAGGCUGUGAUUGGGUCCGAGGAGCGCAAGGUGGAGAUCACCUACUACCGCAAGGAUGGGUCUGACUUUCAGUGUUAUAUCCACGUGAUCCCUGUGAAAAACGAGGAGGGCGUGGUGAUGAUGUUCAUCAUAAAUUUUGAGUAUGUCGUGGAUGAGGAAAGUGACAACUCCACAGAGAAGAUAAGCCCAACGUCCCCGACAAAGUCAGAUCAAAGGAGAAGUAGAUUCUUCCGCUUCCGCCAAGCCGCUUUGAGCCUAAUGAACACCAAGCAAUCUCUUCCACAAGAGGACCCAGAUGCUGUGAUGGUGGACCUGCCCAAAGAGAAUGAGGGCUCAGUGGCCCUGCAGAGCUUCCCCUCGCCUACCAAGAGCAUUUGCAGUCCCAUUGAGACCAAUGACACGCGUGGCCUCAUAGGCUCAAGCCACCACUCUUCCCAGGCUAGCAUCGGCCCUGAACCAGUUGACCAUUCAUCCCCUAAACUCCCCUGGGAGAAGCUGUACCAGACGGAGCCUCUCCAGUCCUCCAACACCCUGUCAAACACCUUCCCCAGAGGCAGCAUCAACAGCAUGAGGCGAGCCUCAUCCGUCCAUGAAAUUGAGGCCUACAGCUCCAAUUCCAAAAGCAUAUUCAGGGAUCGUCAUACCAGUGAAGACAAUGUCAGAGGCCCUUUUAAUCACGUGAAGCCCAGCCUGCUUGGCUCUACCUCUGAUUCUAACAUCAACAAAUACAGCACCAUCCACAAGAUCCCUCUGAUUGCACUCAACUUCUCCGAGACGACCGACAAGAAGAUGCAUUCUCCGCCAACAUCCGACAAAACCAUCAUAGCACCAAAGGUCAAGGAGAGAACUCACAAUGUCACGGAAAAAGUCACACAGGUCCUGUCACUCGGAGCUGAUGUGCUACCAGAGUACAAACUCCAGACAACCCGCAUCGACAAGUUCACCAUCCUCCACUACAGCCCCUUCAAAGCUGUGUGGGACUGGCUGAUCCUGCUGCUGGUCAUCUACACAGCAAUUCUCACUCCCUACUCCGCUGCUUUCCUUCUCAAUGACACAGAGGAGCAGAAGAGGCGUGAAUGCGGAUACUCCUGCAGCCCUCUCAAUGUAGUGGAUUUAAUAGUGGACAUCAUGUUCAUCAUUGACAUCCUCAUAAACUUCAGGACCACUUACGUAAACAUCAAUGAGGAGGUGGUCAGCGAUCCGGCUAAAAUCGCAAUCCAUUACUUUAAGGGCUGGUUCCUUAUAGACAUGGUGGCUGCAAUCCCCUUUGACCUUCUCAUCUUUGGUUCAGGAUCAGAUGAGACCACCACUCUGAUUGGCCUGUUGAAGACAGCCAGGCUCCUGCGACUGGUGCGUGUAGCCAGGAAGUUGGACCGCUACUCUGAGUAUGGUGCUGCAGUCCUCAUGUUGCUCAUGUGCAUCUUCGCCCUCAUCGCCCACUGGUUAGCCUGUAUAUGGUACGCCAUUGGCAAUGUGGAGAAGCCCUACUUGGAGCACAAGAUUGGCUGGCUGGACAAUCUGGGCGUGUCCAUAGGAAAGAGAUACAACUACAGUGACCCAACCUCUGGUCCCUCUAUCAAGGACAAGUAUGUCACAGCACUUUACUUCACCUUCAGCAGUCUGACCAGCGUGGGCUUUGGAAACGUUUCCCCAAACACCAACUCAGAGAAGAUCUUUUCCAUCUGUGUCAUGUUGAUUGGCUCCCUGAUGUAUGCCAGUAUUUUUGGAAACGUCUCUGCCAUCAUCCAGAGGUUAUACUCGGGUACGGCCAGAUAUCACGCUCAAAUGUUACGGGUCAAGGAGUUCAUACGCUUUCAUCAGAUUCCCAACCCACUGAGACAGCGGCUGGAGGAGUACUUCCAACACUCCUGGGCCUACACCAACGGCAUUGAUAUGAACACGGAGGUGUUAAAAGGUUUUCCUGAGUGCCUGCAGGCGGAUAUCUGCCUUCACCUCAACAGGAAUCUACUUCACAACUGCAAGGCGUUCCAAGGAGCCACCAAAGGCUGCCUAAGGGCCUUGGCCAUGCACUUCAAAACUACUCAUGCCCCUCCUGGAGACACUCUGGUCCACAGUGGUGAUGUGCUCACCGCUCUUUACUUUCUAUCCCGCGGCUCUAUUGAGAUCUUGAGAGACGACAUUGUGGUAGCAAUCCUGGGAAAAAAUGACAUCUUUGGAGAAAUGAUCCACCUCUUUGCCAAGCCUGGGAAGUCCAAUGCUGAUGUGCGAGCUCUGAGUUACUGCGACCUGAGCACCAUUCAGAGAGAAGAUCUGCUGGAGGUUAUAGACAUGUACCCAGAGUUUGCUGACUCCUUCUUCAACAACCUGGAGCUCACCUUCAACCUCAGAGAUGAGUCUCCAAAGGUAGAUGAUAUACUGGUGCCCUCAGGCUCACAAGGUGGUGAUUCAGAUGGCGAGGGCAGUAAGAGCAUUAAAAGAAGGAUUUCCUUCACACCAGAUGUGUCUAAAGGGGAAAACAAGGAAGUGGUUAAAGACUUGAGGAGGGAGAGGGGAUCUAACUCGUGCCUAAAGAGAAGUUCAGAAGUCCUCAGUCCCUCUCCACACAAUGCCCCAGCCCUGGGCUCAAAUCUUAUUGUCAGAGACAACGUGGAGAGACGACCGUCUUUUGAAGAUCUGUGCUGUGAUAAAUGGGCCUGUAAGAAGCCUACAGACUACCUGGAUGAGUCAGCACAGUUCCAGGACCUGAGAGAGGACGAUAAUUCUGCCAGCGAGAUCACGUAUGGAGAGGUGGAACAGCGCUUAGGUCAGCUUCAAGAGCACUUAAACAGGCUGGAGACGCAGUUGAUGACAGAUAUUCAGACCAUCCUGCAGCUGCUGCAAAGACAACCGACUCUGGGACCUCCAGCCUACAGCACUGUGACUGCCAGUCCAGACUAUCACAGACCUGCCGUGAAGGUUCAGCCAGUUGCUCUGACUGCAAGCCAUUUUUUCAGCCAUACGGGAACUCAAGGCCCCAACCACAAACUGGAGAGGGCCAUUCAGGAAUCCAAAGACUCUCUGUCAAGCUUGGCCAAUGUGAAUGCACCCAUCGAGGGCAGCCUUACAGCAUUGCUCGUACAAAGACAUACAGAGCCACAGCAGCAACAACAGCAGCAACAACAACAACAGAUCACAGGGCAUCAACAGUCUGCACUGAUUCUUCUUCCAACUGAGACCUCUUUGACCUCCUCCACCUCUUCGUCUCCAGCCCCUUCUGACUCCAACCUCAACACCACUGGACUCCACAGACCGGUCUCAGACCAAGAGUUUCCAAGGCCAUAAACCUUCCAACAGCACGGUGUUCUACUAUCUGGGCUGUAAUGCUGUAAUUACUUUAUAAGUAGCAGUUUUUUAUAGGCAUGCUGGCACAGACAUCUGUAUUGUUCAUUUGCAAUGGCUUGGCGAUAGUAGUAAGUUGGGUUUUGUUUUUUUUUUCAUUAUGCAUGUGGAUAAAAUACUGUUCGCUGCAGUUAACAGUGUGUUAAUCAGUUUUCUGCAGUUAUCAGUGUAUUAGCAAUGGUUACAUAUUGUAACAGUAGUUCUAUAUUCACACAGAAGCCCUCUUAUGGACUUUUUAAGCACCACACACUAAAAAUGUACAUGUAGAUGCCGAACCAAUCAGGAUGAAUCAUUCCUCCACACAGAGAGUGGCCCUACAGGAUGACAGCACUUUCCCAUUUACUACAUCUACAGCUUCCUAACUUAAUUUAAAUUAAGCAGCAGGGGUGCUGGUGAAAGAGCUCCACUUGGUUGUGAUAGAACUAGCACUACAAUUAGUGGUGUAGUGGUAGCUGAUUAGGUGGGUGUAAUUCUAUGUAGAUGGGUAGGUUACAGAGGAGAAAAUGGGUAUACUCAUAUUCCAAUGGCUUUUUGGUUGAU